AUGGGUGAUACUUUCCACAUACUGGUUCUACAUAAACAAAUAAAAGCCUUGGUAGCAUUCAAAAAUGUUGAAUUGACAGUUGAUAUGUCGAAUCUGAAGUUUACCAUAACAUCGAAGACUACUGGAACGGUGUGUCGACUUUUUUUUUUGAAAACAUUAUAACUUUUGAAAAAUUGUUACAGGAAGAAUAUCCAAUUACAUUGUUCAAACAAUACAAGAUUAAAUCUGGAGGAAAAUAUAUUACACUACAUGCAUUGGAAGGAAACGAAAAGAAUUUGUAAGUUUUUAGAAAAAUCAAUGUUUCAAUUAGAAAGUUCAUCAUUUUUCAGUUCUUUGCUGAAAUUUGAAUUUCGAGAAGGUGAUCCAAAUAUGGAAGUAUUAGCACAAUGUUUGAAUAUGAUGGUUGAAAAGAAUAAAGCAAUCAAUGGUUCGAAUGGUCGAAGUAAUUCACAAAAAAGUCGACCACGAUUACCUGAACAUCGAACACCGGCACCAGUUAAAGUGGAACCAAACAGAGCGUGCUCAUUGAUAAGGAAAAAUACAGCUAAUGUAGGUAUUUCACAUUGGAAAUCAAAAAAAAUGAACAUUACAGUCUGUUUCAUCUGAAAAUGCUGGACAAUCAAGAACAUCACAACAAAGAUCACAAAGUUCACAAGAUGAAGCGAAAAAGAUUGCAAAUUCGGCUCAAAUGCGUGAUUUGCACCCUAUGGAUACGAUUAAAGACCAAUCUGCUCCAUUGUAUAAGAAUUCAACACCGUUGAGACCAGCGAAUCAGAAUAUCAGAACUUCAUUGAAUGCGAAUCCGAAUUAUUUGAGAUUUAUUAAUGAGUAAGUUUGGUUUUAAAAGGAAAAUCAAAGAAUUGCUCAUUUUAGAUCAAAAUUCUCCAAUUUUGACUCAAAAAGAUUCAGAUUUUUAGAAAAAUAAAGAUCAGAAUAAUAAUAAUAAUUCUGGAACAUUUGAAAAACAAUACACUCAUAUCAAUUUUUGAUAAAAAAGAGUUUUUUUUUCUCCCCCAAAAACCAAGUGAUUCUCAUAAUUUCAUUCACUUUUGAGUGAAUUGAGAAUCUCUCUCACUCCCCAAAUUUCAAAUGUGAUUUUUCAGAGAACAACCCGAUAUUCCUGAUACAAAACCAUCGACACCAAAAGUUAGUGCGGCUCCAAAAACUCCGUCAACACACAAAUACAUUGAAUAUGAGCCGGAAUCACCAUCCCCACUUGCCAAAAGUCCACAGUGAGUUUUAUCGUUGAUUGUCAAUCCCUGCAAAUAUGUAUUCAUUGAUUCUAGGAAAGCUGCCGCAUUACCAAUUGUUUCUCGAACAAGAUUAAAUGAAAGUUUGAUGAUGAAUAAGUUCAAGAAUCGAAAAUUGUCGAAUAUCGGAAAUUCGUGCUAUAUGAAUGCGACAUUUCAAGCAUUGUCUGCUGUUGAUUAUUUCACUUUUCGAAUGCGACAAACAUAUUCGUAUAUAUUUCAAUUUCGCGCUUUAAAUACUGAAGAAUUUAGCGAAGUAUCUAAGAAAAGAGUGAAUUUGUUGUAAGUUUGGUAGACAGAUGUACAUGUUUUCUAGUAGAUUUUGACCACAGGGCUUCGGAAACUUAAAAAAAACUUAUUAAUUUUUCAGUCAGUUUCGAAAAUGUUAGAAUUUAGCUCUGAAAACGGGAUUAUAUUACUCAAAAUGUACUAGAAAUCAUAUAAUUUAUCUCAUUUUCUAAAGUUUAGCAUAUUGUUUUUUUUUAGAAAAGUAUCGGCUGAAAUGUUAUAUACACUAACCGCUGGAUGUCCUUCUUCUUUUGGUUCUUUGAAAAUUUUCGAUAGAAUUGAAGUAAUUGAGAGAUCAUGUUUGCGAGAAAUCCGAGAAGUAAUUGGAUUCCUCAAUCCAGAUUUUGAUAAUGCUCUUCAACAAGAUGCUCACGAAUUUUUCAUUAUUUUUAUCGCAGAACUCGAAAGAACUGUGAAAACAUGUGCGAAACGAUUUUAUCGAAAAGAUAAUGGUAAUGAACAGGUUACGGAUGAGGUUUUGAAAGAUAAUUCGGAAUUUCGAAAAAUGUGUCCAGCUGAUUCGUUUGCAAUUCAUUUUGAAAUGCGAUUAAUUUGUUCAAAUUGUGGAGAUGAACGGAUUAGGGAACAAAGUUAUCAAUUUGAUUUGAAUGUUACGUUGAGGUUUGUGAAUUUUUUGAUUUAUGGAAUAUGGGAUUUUUGAAGGAGGUUUAGUGUUUUGCAUAGAACUUUCUCCUUGGCCGAAAAGUUCAGCGGUUCAGCGGGUGCUUGAGAGAUCAAGGCUAUAAUAAAAAUUACAUGUUUAAAGUUUUUAUGAGAGAAAAUCAUUUCAAAAUGAUGACGUCACAAGCCCCUGAAGCCUAGAAAAUCCACUUUGUUUUCCAGACCAAACAAAAAUUUGCAAGAACUCAUAGAAGAAUCAUAUCCAUGCACUCAAAAUCCAGAUGUAAAAUGUGAAAAAUGUAAAGGUCUCGGAGCUAUAAUGAGCACAAGAGUUAGCCAAUUUCCAGAGUAUGUUUUCAUCUUGUUUCAUUUUUUUUUGUCUCUACAUAUUUCGAAUUGCAGAACAUUGGCUGUGAAUUUGAAGAGAUACACUGCACACAAGAAUGCGAUGAAGAAAAUCGAUUUGAUCGUUCCGGUCCCGUUGAUUAUUUAUUCAAGCAAAUUGGCCAAUUUUCAGGAUGAUAUUAUGGAAUUUUCGGAAGAGUGGGUUUUUUGGAAGAGGGAGGUGAAACAAUUAGAGUUAGGAAAAGUAAUUGUUAGGUCGAAAAAUAUUAUCCAAUACCGGAAAGAUUUUCAAAAUUGUCCCGAAAAUUGAUUUUUGAAGAAAUGGGUACUUUUAUCAAUUUUGGGACAAUAACCUGGAUAAUCGGACCAAUUUUUCGAUCUCAUGGGUGUAUUUUUGGUCCCGAAAAGUUUUAGAUUCAUUUUAGGAUUUGAAAUUAUCUUUAAAAUAAAAUUAUAUGAAUUUCAAAUAAUUUUCGCGAAUCAGACAUCUGAAAGAAAAAUUCAAAAAUAAUUCGAUUACGAGACCAUUUCCGUAAAAUCAGGUUUUUUGCUUCAAAAAGCCUAGAAUUUGUGUAACUAGGUAAUUUUAAUGUCAUUCUCCUCAAAGCCCACUGAAAAUUUGCAGCGAAUUUAAAUUGGAGGAAGUAAAUCAGCUGGAGAUAGCCAAACCAUCUUCUCGUCCAUCUUCUCCACCAACUAUUUCACCAAUUGUUUCCCCAACUUCUCCACCACCAGCCGAAAUCAAUAAUAUUUCAAUGGAUGAAACACAAAAGAACAGUGCGCCAUCAACUCCAGUCUCAACAAAACGACGAUCGUCAGCUUCACAUCGAGCAUUAUUUUGUUCAGAACAUCCGGAAGAUCCGAAAGAUGCGAAUAUUUUCGAUGAUGAUGAUUUGAAUGGAAAUAGUGAUAACAACAACAAUAAGGGAAAAUUGUUGGGAGGAGGUGAAGUGAAAACUGAAGUAUCAACAGAUGAUUUGGAAAUAGUAGAGGAGAAGGUUUUUUCGUCAAUCACAUUUUUGCCAUUAUCGGAUUUGGAAGAAGUGAAAGAGAAAUUGGAUUUGGUCGAGAUUUUUGAUAUUAAUGAUGAUACGUUGAGGUUUGUUUUUUGGUAGAAAAUGGGUGAUGUGGCAACUUGUCAAGAAUCUUGUUGCAAUCUGAAAAUAUUCUAAGUUUCAUGAAACGUGUUCCUUUUUGCAAAAUUUUCCAACCCUGGGCUCUCAGAAAGUUUAAUUUUUUAAAUAUCUUUCGAUUUUCAGACGACACUUGGACCAAUUCCCAAAAGAGAAAAUCGACUUGAAACUCUCUGAAAUUCCAUCAAAUUGCAAAACUGUCGAUUCGGAUGGAAAUUGUUUUUAUCGAGCUAUUUCUUGGCUAUUGACAUCGACUGAAAAGUAUCAUUCGCAACUUCGAAAAAAGGUUGGAUUCAGAAUUUUUAUUCAAAAAAAUUAA